GGAAUAUCCAGAUGAAGCAGGAUAUUUGAAAGAGAGCUCGAGGACGCAAAGCGCUAGGGCAGCGCAAAGGCGCAGGCGCGCGAGGCGUUGGAGGGAAGAUGGGGGCCGUGGGAGUGGUCCAAGCUUCGCAGUUCUUGGGCGCGGUGAAAUCGCCGCCAGGUCUAUCAUCGCUAACGCAACACACCCAGCUCGUUGGGUCGAGCAUUCGCAGGAAGAACAGCAUCCACACGCAGCCAUCGCUUCACAUCAAUUGCGCCAUGGGCGGGCCUCGCUCGGCGGGAAUGGAUCGGCCUCGCAGGAGACCAAACUUCGAUCGUCCCAGUGGAGAGAAGCCCGUUCCUCCGCCGCCACCCCCGCCAGAGCCCCUCACUGGGGCGGUCAAGUAUAAGCUCUCGGAUACGUGCACCAUGGUGAUUUGGAAGGGCGACUUGGGACUGUGGUAUAUCGAUGGACAAAACGAUGCUGUGGUGGCUCCUGCGAACAAAAGAUGCAAUGCCGGAUAUGGUGUCGAUGGAACUAUCCAUCGCUUUGCGGGUCCGAGGUUGCUUGAUACUUGCCAGAAGUUGCCCGACGUAGCACCUCAAGGGAUCAAGUGCGAGGUCGGUCAGGCUGUGAUCACAAGGGGUUUUAAUCUCCAGGCGUCUCGUGUGAUCCACGCUGUUGGUCCUGUUUACGAGGAGAAAAAUCGAGACGAGUCCGAGAAAAUGCUAACCAAGGCCUAUGUUGCUGCUUUGAAUCUGGCAACUUCUAAUGGCAUUAAGUACAUCGCAUUUCCAGCUUUGUCUUGCGAGCUCUACGGGUAUCCCCACGACGAGGGAGCUGAGGUUGGUCUUACGGCUUUGAGGAAGAACUGGGCUGGUUUUCAAGAGAUCCACUUUGUACUCAAGAAUCCAGACGCUUAUGAAGCGUGGCUAGACGAAGCAAAAAGAAUGUGGAGGUUUGGCUAAAGCUUCACACACUAUAGAGAAUUUAAAAUUAUGCUUUUUGGAUAUUCU